AUGCAGUUGGCACCAAAAGAGAUAGAUAAGCUGGUGAUCUCCCAGACUGGCUUUCUCGCUCAACGACGACUCGCACGCGGCGUACGACUCAAUCGCACCGAAGCCCUGAGUCUGAUUGCCAGCGUUCUCCAGGAACUCAUCCGCGAUGGAGAACACUCAGUCGCCGAUCUCAUGUCUCUGGGCACGACUUUGCUGGGGAGGAGACAUGUCCUACCGAGUGUACCGCAUACAUUGAGUGAGAUGAUGGUCGAGGGAACAUUCCGGAAUGGAACAUACCUGGUUACUGUACACAACCCAAUCGCUACGGACGAUGGAAAUCUUGAAAGAGCAUUGUAUGGGAGCUUUCUGCCUGUUCCUGCGUUGGAGAAAUUUCCAUGGCCUCCGGUCGAGGGCCUCGGUGCGUGGGAGGCCGAAAAGAUGCCUGGUGCAUUCAUUGCGGUCAAGGGAGAGAAGGGUCGGAUAAAGCUGAACGAGGGUAGGAGGAAGAUCAGGAUAAAGGUCACGAGCAAGGGCGACAGACCAAUACAGGUUGGAAGCCACUAUCAUUUCAUUGAAACGAAUCCCAAGUUGGAGUUUGAUCGGCUCAAGGCGAGAGGUAUGCGGCUGGACAUUGCAGCCGGAACGAGUGUUCGAUUCGAGCCCGGCGAUAGCAAGACUGUCACAUUGGUGGAAAUUGCUGGCCAUCAAGUCAUUGCGGGUGGAAAUGAUUUGGCAGCAGGUAGCAUCCAUGAUACGAGCAUUACCGACGGCAUCCUGCAGCGUCUGCAUGCUGGUGGGUUCCUACAUGUGGAGCAGCCCACUGCCGAUCUGGUACUGGAACCCGUGUCAAUGGAUCGCGAGAGCUAUAUUGCCAUGUUUGGACCAACUGUAGGUGAUAGGAUCAGGCUUGGAUCUACGGAUCUUUGGAUUGAGGUUGAGAAGGACAUGACUGUUUACGGUGAUGAGUGUWCCUUUGGAGGCGGUAAGACCAUCCGAGACGGCAUGGGGCAGGCUUCUGGGCGUGCUGACGUCGACGCCCUGGACACGGUCAUCACUAAUGCUGUGAUCAUCGACUGGACUGGAAUCUACAAAGCUGACAUUGGUAUCAAGAAUGGGUUGAUUGUGGGAAUCGGCAAAGCUGGGAAUCCAGACGUUAUGGCGGGCGUCGAUCCUAAGAUGGUCGUGGGAGUGUCGACAGAGGUCAUUGCUGCCGAGCACGAUAUCAUCACAGCAGGAGGUUUCGAUUCCCACAUUCACUUGAUCUGCCCGCAACAAGCACAAGAGGCAAUCGCAAGCGGCAUUACGACUUUCUUGGGCGGUGGAACUGGGCCAAGCACGAGCACAAAAGCUACAACAUGCACGCCCAGCAAGAACGCGAUCAAAUGGAUCCUCCAGGCUUGCGACGAGCUACCCGUCAACAUCGGCAUUACAGGAAAAGGCAAUGAUUCAGAUCCGACAGGGCUGAGAGAACAAGCUGAAGCGGGUGUAUGUGGUCUCAAACUUCACGAAGAUUGGGGAACAACUCCAAAGACUAUUGACAACUGCUUGAACGUCUGCGAUGAGCAUGACAUUCAAUGUCUCAUUCAUACCGACACUCUGAACGAGUCUGGGUUCGUUGAAACCACAGUCGCAGCCUUCAAAGACCGCACGAUCCAUACAUACCACACCGAAGGCGCAGGCGGUGGUCACGCACCCGACAUCAUUUCUGUUGUCGAGCAUAACAAUGUGCUUCCCUCCUCUACCAAUCCCACCCGACCCWACACGAACAACACUUUGGAUGAACAUCUCGACAUGCUGAUGGUCUGUCACCAUCUUUCACGCAACAUUCCCGAAGACGUCGCCUUUGCGGAAUCGCGUAUUCGCGCCGAGACGAUCGCUGCGGAGGACGUUCUACACGAUCUUGGCGCCAUCAGUAUGAUGUCCUCGGAUUCCCAAGCCAUGGGUCGCUGUGGUGAAGUCAUCCUCCGGACUUGGAAUACAGCUCACAAGAACAAAGUCCAACGCGGAUUCCUCCCAGAAGAUGAAGGCACAGACGUCGAUAACUUCCGCGUCAAACGAUACAUCUCAAAGUACACCAUCAACCCUGCCAUCGCGCAAGGCAUGUCUCAUCUGAUCGGGAGUGUAGAAGUCGGCAAAUUCGCCGAUCUUGUCCUAUGGAACCCAGCGAACUUUGGCGCGAAACCUACGCAAAUCAUCAAAGGUGGAAUGGUAUCUUGGAGUCAAAUGGGAGAUCCCAAUGCUUCAAUUCCAGCUGUGGAACCUGUGAUAAUGCGACCUAUGUUUGGCGCUAUGAAUCCUGCAUUGAGUGUCAUGUGGGUUAGUCAGGCAAGCGUGGAGAAGGGAAUUGUGGGUACGUAUGGGUUGAAGAAGAGAGUUGAGGCCGUAAAGGGUUGUAGGAACAUUGGGAAGAAGGAUAUGAAGUGGAACGAUGCUAUGCCUAAGAUGAAGGUUGAUCCUGAGAGAUAUACUGUGGAGGCUGAUGGCGUGAUUUGCUCUGCUGCGCCGGCGGAUAAGUUGCCAUUGACGCAGGAGUACUUCAUUUAUUGA